AUGCAGUCGCACGGACAGAAGCGAACUCCCGAAGAAUUCAAGGAGAUCCGUAAGGAGUGGAAGGCUCGCAAGAAGGAGGAAGAGGCUCAACGCAAGGCUGAAGAGGAGCGCCAACGACAGGCUGCAGCCGCUGCAGCCCAGAAUGGCGGCCCUGACGGCCAGCCCGGCCCUGACCAGCCUCCGACAAGCUACCCUGGCUCUCGUCCUGUCCAGCUGCCCCCGAUUGCGUAUCAGCAACAGACUCAGUACCCUGCGCCGCCCGGCUCCGGACAGCCUCUUCCCGAGUACGGAGCCAACUACAUGCAUCCGAACUACCAACCUGCGUCGCCCUAUGGUCAGCCUAACCAGCAGAUGUACAGCCAACGUCAGUAA